AGGCUUUCCCGAGAUGAAGAAGAAGCGGGCCCUUCCGCUGGUAUGCCGGAUGAGAAUCCGUCUGACUUUUCGGACGAAUCAUCUGGCAGCAGCGGGAAUGAAGGUGCGACAGAGUGGGAAAUUCAGCGAAAGCCAAUGACCAGGAUCCGACGCCGCGAGAAGCAAGGAGAAGAAAUUCGCGCUCUUCAGCGUCUUGUGAAUGACUCGAAGAGCCGCGUAACGCGAACAAAUAUUUGGAAGGCUUUGAAAAACGAUGGUGCGCUGAGUGAGACUUGCAAAAAUUGGGACCCACAUGAAGACGCGGCGAAAUUGAGGUCGUUCGUCUCCAAGUUAAUGAAGGCCUACGAGGUCAUCAACCGCGAGAAAGGAGGCGAGCCGAAGGACAUGAGCGCAAUCCCACGGAAAAAGCCUCGGCACACGAGUAACGCCACCGGGAGACUGAAGAAGUUUGAAGGAGUUCUCCGCACGUGGUCGGACUGGAGAGUCCUCAAGCAACGCCUUCGGAAAAGAUUGGGCCUGAAGCGGGGCGAAAGCGAUUCCCUUGCUGGAUUAGUCGACUUCGCGAAUUGCGACGAAGUAGGUAUAUUGAAAGAGUACGCCCCUCAGGGAGGUUACCGAACCGAGUGGUUCGAGAAUGAAGCGGAUAACUGGACCCUUCCGCGAGAUAAUGUCGACGAUAAAGGCAGCGCGCUGGUGUGGGCGUUCUCUACUCCUGAACUGCGAAUCCCUCCCACGGUUGUUGUGUCGCGUGAUUAUGUUACUGGGACUUCUCAGAGGGUCAAGCAGCGUCGGCGGGUUUGUGAGCGGAGCAUCGCAAACUGGGGCCGGAUGGUCGUCAAUCCGGAGAACAGUCGCAAGGGAACCGUUACGCAGCAAAUAUUCUGGGAUGAUGUACAGCGAAUGGUCGACCAUAAAGUAGCUACCUUGGGAAAGGAGCGGCCGCUCGUCCUUAUAUUCGAUGACUGUUCAGUGCAUAAGUUCGCGAAUUCCGAAAUUCUAGACAUGGAGACGAAUGGGGUAUAUUUGUUGCGCUUGUGGGGUGGGUCAACCAGCUUGCUGCAGGUGAUCGAUUGCAUGAAUUUACGUCGCGCGCGCCUUCUACCGUUGUGAGGUUUCUCAAGGAGAGAACGGCGACAACGGUAGGAGGGCCCGCCUUCAUAUAUUAUCGGCGGAGCAAUCCAGGGGAAGGCGAGAGAAUUUGCGGAGGGUGAAGACAAAGAGAAGCACUCGACCACGUUCGAAGACAAGCGAGUUUGGAAAGCUUUAAUGGAGGACGAGCGGCGCCGACCGUGGCACCAGUUGCGUUAUUUCGAGAUUUGUGGCUUUUCUCUUGCGCAUGAUGUCCCGCCGUCGGUACAUAUGGAGCUUUGGCGUUUCUUGGAGCUCACUCGGGAGAUGUUCCCUGCUCGUGUGCAGGAAUUGGAGCAAAGGUUCCUCCGAUUGUCGCAGCGAGGCGCCGACGAGUUCAAACUUUUGGAACCUGAUGAGACGCCGAAAACGAAGAAGAAGACCCAAGGAGCCAGAGGCGCUGGGAAGCUAUCUGGGCCAGCAAUGAAGGAAGCCGCGGGCGCCUCGGGAGGUGUCCUCGAUGAGGUUCGGGCGCCGUCUAGCAGUGUUGGAAGUAAGAGACGGCGCGACGAAGACAGCGAGGCGAAGGUGGAAAAGCGCCAGAAGCAGGAGAGAGAAAGCACCGGCGAAACCGAUAAGGAAGUAGAGGAAAAAUGAGAAGAAAGAGGAGAGCCGGGACGCGAAACCGAUAAGGAGUUAAAGGGAGACGCUGAAGAAUGACGGGAGGGGAUGGGCCUCCUUGGCGCAGGGAAAGGAGGAGAAAAAGAAGAGAAGAAACGGGAAAAGGAUCCGAGGCACCACUGUCCCUUAACGGUUUCGCUUAACGGUUUCGCGAGGAUUGGAGUUGGUAAUUCUAGGCUAAGUAGUACAUUUACGAGGCUAAGAGUAGUGACUUACUUGAAUGCACUGCGAUAGAGUAUGGCCUGAGAUUAGUACUACCGGCCAUAUUUAUCAAGAGCGUCAGGAAGUUCCGAGUCGUCGAGAAACUCUUCUAGCUCGUCGAACUUUCGAGAUCCACACGACAGGGAGGCUAAGACGUUCGCACACCAACUUGCACAGUCGCGCGCUGCUUCCCAAAGAAUUUGUAUUGGUAAGUCUUCCAUAUGGUCUCCUACAUACUCAUCGUUCAUGUGCCGAAGGUGAUUACCUCCUACUUCAACGCCCAUUCGCAUCGCCGGCAUUAGAAUGCUCGAGGAAGAUUAAAAUGGUCAGCGAGUGUCUUUGAUUUGUCAGUUUGAAGAUCCCCUAGAGACUAAAACUAAGUAGGUCGAAGAGUUGAAAAAGCGACAUCAUGAACAACCGAGGAAGAAACUAGGUGAACCGUAAACCUACUUCUCUGCGGCAGAGGUCCCUAGUUCGCUCUCCGAAACUUUUACACCAAUCGCGCGAGAAAUCGUUGUCCGAAUUGCACGCCUAUAGGAAAAGAUCAAGAGAGCGGUCGUGGAGUUCAACGAAGUAGAUCUUUCAAAACUGGGCGCGACUGUCAGAAAAACCGACAUAGCGCGUGGUGCUAGCAAGAUUCGAAUAAAUGGCGACAAAUGAAUAAGAAUUAGUACCGCUUGCUCUCUUGGUUGGUUUCGUAGCAAAAAGGUUAGCUCGGAACGAAUAGCGCCAACAAAACUCCUUGCUUUUUCUUUCACAAAAUUCAAGUCAGUCUGAAUUUCGUUCAAUCCUGCGAGGAAUUCAAUUCUUCUAAUUCCCUGAUGAACGAAGCAACGAGUCAGAAUGUCGCUCUUCUGCACCAUCUGUAAGAAAGUAAGGAGGAGACAUGUAACGCGGUGAGAAGUUUGCUAUCAGUUUUCUUAGUGCUAUAGGUCUUAUGACUAGUCGAAGUAAUAGCUGUAGCAGUAAAGAAAGGAGUAUGUCUCGUGUGAAUACUUGGUAUCCCGNUAUAGAAAAAUGAGGACUUGGAUAAAGGUGCUUUAUAGUCUGUUAGGGCUCCGAGAAGCAGCUUUAUCAAGAAACAUAGGAUCAUAUAACUAACUAGCCAACCACCUUCUGGUGCUGGUCUUUUCUUCUCAAAUGUAGCUGAAGACCGCACAAGACCGAGGGAUCCUAGUCCCACAAGAGCGUAAGAACACAUAGACACCAAAAGAUACAAGAAGGGCAGCAUCAUGCUGAGUGCUGACAGAAACAUGGUGUUUGAAGCUCCUAGAAGCAAUGUACACAUCUGGUUGUGUACUAGAAACAUUGAAGAAUCAUAAAAGACACAUCAUAUCGUAAUACAUAACAGUCUCAUAUUCGGGAUCCCCCAUCCCCCACUGAACUGUAGUUUUGAAUGGGCAAGUGAUUUGAUAACAUGAUAUCACUGUUAAUCUGAAAUCAAUUGCGAUUCAAUCACUUUUCUCAGUAUACGUCAGAUUCUCUUGUCUAAGGACUAGGGCUCCGAGAAGCAUAAUGAUACGAUUGCUGGAAGCCUUUCAACGAAUAACGAACGACUCACUUCAUGACGUCUUCGUGAUCUUCUCGUUCACUCACCAUGGGGAUCUUCCAGAUUCUCUUGUUCUCACAGAUGAAUUCUCAUAUUGAUUUGUCGAAUCAUUGUUGUUGUUCUAGGAUGGCUCAAAUCAAAUGUGAAACAGGAUUCACUAUUACACAUGGUGUGACUUAUUGUUGACAGAUUAGGCUUCCAAGUAGAUCUGUGAUUAUUUGUGCCUGAUGGUCCAGAAAAUAUCCCUUCUUCAGAAGGAGUUUAUUCUAGACAUCACCUUAGGUUGACUAACUAGUUUUAGGACUAGUUUUAGGGCGAAGCGACCAGUUAUUUUGAUACACCCCCUUCUCGAUUAGGUUAGUUUUUUCUUCCUUUUCUAAUUUUUAAUAGUAACGUUCUCCCCCUCUAGUGCGAGAUCUUCGAUAUGGUGCUUCGAAAUGGCGUCUCUCUCGUCCGCGAGCAGGUUUUGACUGACUGCGAUAUCCGACUCCAAUGAUGUCAUCGAAGGUGCCAGUUGAAGAUUCGCGCUGUUGGCUAGUUCGUGAAAUUGAUCGGCCUCGACGUUGUUGACAUGAGUCAGCUUGUUUCCCUUUUUCGCUUGAGAUUCGACAGCUCGUUGGAAAACCGUGCGUUGCUCCACUUCCUGACGAGUGUUCUCCUUUCCCGCUAUCGAAACCAUUGAUGUGCUCUUUUUCACUGUGAUGUUGGUGUACCGGGAAAGUGGAUGAUUUGAAAUAUUGUCCACCAGAGGCAGACGAUGAUGAUGAAGAUGAUGAAGAACUGGAUCCAGGUUGUUGCCCGUUUGGAAUAUAAGAAGCACUGGCGCGAUAGUUGGCCAGCAUUUCUGGUGGAGCUCGAUAUACUGUAGUCUUCGACGAGAUGAAUUCUUCUUCUUCUUCUUUUACGUCCUGUACCGACUUGAUCCGGCCAGAAUUCUUGUUAUUCAUCUUUCUUUCGUCUUUGUCUUCGUUCUUUCCCAGGUACCAGUGGGUAGAUUUCCCAGCGGGACCACUAUCAGGUCGGUAUGAAAGAUCUCGCUUUUUGUUACUGCGACCGCGAGAGUCAUCGUGGUGUCGUAAUGGAGGAAAGGCAGAAGAGGAUAAAUCCAUGUGACCUGUCUCUUCUUCUUGCUUCUUUCCAGGCUGAGACCUAUUGGCUUCAUCCCGACUUCGAAGGACCACGUCCUGCUGGUGUUCAGGGUUACUACCGGAAGAAGAAGAUGAAGUAAUAUAGUGCACCAUCACGGAGGCAUCCAUAAUGUUCCAGUAGCCAUUCUCUCCUUUGGACCACCAACUGCCAUGGGAAAACUCAGCACAUCUGCCACUUUGGUCGACAAAUGUCCUAUCCUCAGUUUGGAAAACUUCUUGAUUUUGUACAGGGUAGUUGCUACCAGUACAGUGAGAAACACAGCUAGAAUCACCCAAAAGUGACAUGGGGCCUGAAGGCUUGUCACCAUGAGCUUUACGUCCAUCGUUCUUUCCUUUAUUCUUCCCAUUUCCUUUAUUGGACUUGUUCUUGUGCUUGGGAAACAUCAUGUUGUUGUAUCGGUGCUGGGGAACGUACUCUGCUUGAAGAGAAGCAGCAUUGUUUCCCUUGUGGUACUGAUUCCACCAUCUUUCUUCCCGUCCCUUUGCUCCGAUCUUGUUUUCUUCACGUCGUUGAAGGGUGGUUUUGUUCAAAUUUGGCUCAGGUCCUCGCAAGGUUUGGUACCCUCGAUCAGCCUUUUUUACCUGUUGGCAUGCGUGAACUUCUUCAUAGUACUGAGAUUUCAGUACAGCGUAUUGAGGGUCUUCGUCUCCGUCGUCCUUGUUACCAAACGAGCCAUUUCCACCCAGAAACUGAUCUAUCCAGUACAGCAGAUCACCCGGCCGUCUGCCGAGUUUAACAUUAUCGAUCCAUAUGUCUUGAUAUGGAAAUUCUCGGUUUAGGAACAAAGGCACAAGCUCCCGUAGUGCGUGGCCAAGACCACAUCGCAUUCGAGGGUGGCUCUCAAAAGUAGGGCAGUUACAUGCACACUUGAGAAGGCAGGCUGGGGUCGCUACAUGUCGUGCUAUCUCCAGUCCGGUCAUACUACUGUAGCCAACCAAUUCCUUGAUGUACUUGGCAACAUCAGUUGGACAAUAGUACUUAUUGUGCAUUUCCUUUCGGCUGUUGCAGCGUUCGACGAGCAGACGCCACACGGUGGCUCGAGAAAGGGAUUCUCCCAGUUCAUCUGCUAAGGAUACUUCUAAGUCCAGAAAGUCAGGGAUUUGCUCCAGUUUUAGCCUCCGGAAGUUAAUCCCGUGACCACUUCCGUUUCCUAGGAUUGUUGUAGGAGUACUCCGAAAAGUCUCGUGAAUAUUUUGCCCAAAUUUGUUGCUGAUUGGCUGGCAGACCGGGUCAUUCCCUUUUCCUGCCUGACUUCCCAUCAGGUUCAGAUCUACUCCAAAAACGAUGUUACUUUGUUGACUGUCCUCUCGAGGCACAAGAUUAAUGCUGCUGUGUCCGAUUGUUUUAUCCUGACCAGGGUUAGUGGAAGAUAAUGCAGUCCUUUUCUCAUCUUCAAUCUUGACAUCAUCCUUUUUUAGUGAAGGCAGACAGGCAGGGAGUCCGUCUAGAUGUUGCUGUAGAGGCAAUUCUCCAGUUCCUUGCUGUUCUUCUUCCACCACCUUCUGCUCUGAUGAUGAAGUACAUGAAGGUGACAUUUCAAAUUCGUUACUGUUCCCUACUCCAUUUUCCACGAUCGGAGAUGAUUUGGUAGCAGCUUUGCACUCCAAAUCGGCAUUGUUCUUCUGCUCAGAUGUUCCGGCAGGAGACAAUGCUUCUUCUUCAGCUUUGCUCUCUUCCGAGAAAGAGGCGGUGGGUUCCUUGGGAGCUACGAUUUCAACUCCUCUCACAUCUCGAGGUUCUUCCUCUGCAUUUUCUGGCUCGAGAUUUACCUUUUCUUCUUGAGGUAUUUCCAAGACGCCUCUAAUUCCCGUUUCCUCCAGCACUAGAUGAGUCACUUCCUCAUCCUCGCCGGCUGAUCCCACUAAAGUAGUAGUAUUACUGCUGGCUGGCGCUGUUCUAUCAAGAAAAUGCUCCAUAUUUCCAGGGGUACUUUUGGCAUCGGUCUGUCCUAGGCGAGGGUAUUCAUUUUCAUCAAAAUGGCAGCAAGGAGCUGUAUUCGACAGCUUGUCCCAUACUCCAGGGGAAGAGCUCGGUGGUUCCUUCUCCAUAUUGUUCUUCUGAUCAGUCUCUAACCUACGUCGUUUUCUACGGUCGAUUCUUCGACGUUUACGUUCGUUAGACAGAUUUGAACAGUUGGAAAUAAAACUUUCGAUGGAAUCACUGGCAUCACCAAAAUCAAUAACUUCCUCGUUAAUAUUAGACAUCCUGUUAGGCUGUUAGUGAAGAUUCUGAAUAUGGUAAGAAGAAAGCAAGGUAUAACAUUUUACGUUGCGUUUUUAGGGCUCCGAAAAGCAACAUUGAGUUAAUGCGUCACUUUGUUGUUGAAGACUUUCUUCUUCUUUCGCUGCAGAUGAAGUAAAUUGUAGUAGCGCCAUCGCUCAAGAACACACCCACACCGGCAGCAUUUGAAAUUCCUUAUCAUUUUUGAAUAUAUUUGUUAAGCUCCGAGAAGCGGUGGCACACAGCAUGCAGUUUGAUUUCAGUCAGUCAGUCUGAUCGCAUUGUCAUCUUCCCUUCUAAUUUUUUUGACCUGUAUGUCAUUUGUUGUGUCGAAUGCUCCGAAAAGCGUAACAAGGUUUCUUCAUUUGUCUUCAUUCCUCCUCUUCGUGGUUCCAUAUUUCACUUAAGUUCUCAAAACCACGAUCAGAAUGAUUUCGACUUUGAAGGAUUUGAGUCAGAAUUUCAUCCUUAGCAGCUUUCACUUCUUCCUUGAUGACCCCUCGGAUCUUUUCCAGCAAGUUAUUUUCCAUGUCUUGACGAAUAUUCUCCAAGGAUUGAGUAAAACUCCGAAGUGCUUCGUCGAAAAGUUGCUGUUGAUGUUCAUGUAGCAUCAUGACAUUUUGACGUGCACGUAGACGAACAGCUUCGGAAACAGUAGCAUCGUGAUCCAUGGCUUGGGUCGUAGCACUCGUGAUGAUGCGAUGUCCACGCGGCAGUGGACCGAUCAAGCGAGUAGGUGGAAGAUGGUCUUGUGGUAAGUUAACCACUUGCCGACGGAAUAUGCGAUCACCACGAAGAGCUCCUGGUUGUAGUAAAUUGCUGCUCUCACCGAAUUCGUUCAUGUUUGUGCCAUUCUGGUCUAUCAUUUGAAACAUGUCACGGCUCACCUUGGCGUCAUUGAAGUUUCUAUGACCAAAGCAGCAAACAUUACAGGUACCCUGAUCACUUCCUCGCAUGUUCAAAAGGUUUUCCAACAUUUUCAAGGCCCAGACCUUGCAUUCCAACUUUACAGUUGAGUUCCGGGUAUUGCCCCAGUAUUUCAAACGAGUGCUCGAGACAAUUUCUCCAUCGUCGUUUCGAACAACCCACUUGACAGCAAGGCUUGUUUCGUCCACAUCUUCAGCUUCGAGCUCUAGGAUUCGAGUGCUUAGCUGUCGAACUUCUUCGAGGUUGUUGAAUUUGAUGGUCUUAAUGCGAAAUUUGGUAUUUGGGGGCACGAUGGUUCCACUGCCGUCGUUGGGGCUCUCCACGACGAUCAUGUUCCCCUCGUGCUCUUGUUCGGGUUCAGCGCUCAUUUUCUUGGAAUGAAGUAUUUCAGGAAAUACUCUGAUAAUAUUAAUAAUUUAGGUAAGUUGGGAUACGUAAAAGGUAGAUUCUUUUAAAAUACUACUCCAAUUUCAGGAAUCCGAAAAUAAAACUCACUUGUAGUCUGACUCUUCCUGUGGGAUGGAGAUGAAAGAAGUAUGAUCUUUGCGAGAUAACCUUCCAAGGAUUGACUAACUAGGGCGCCGAGACGCAAAGGGAAACAGUCACUCUUUUGUUUUCAUUUCGUGAUCUAUCUUUAUUGUUGCUCGUACAGCGGAACACUUCCACAGGUUGUUCUCCAAUAUCCUUAUCAUUUUCUUUUACCUCCGAGAAGGAAACAAUUGUCUUGAAUUUGAUUUGUUCUUGUUUUACAUCUUCCAAAUGCUUUGAUUCAUGGAGAAAUCACCAAGAUGAUUUUACUUGCUAGUCGUACUCGUACUUUUACUUCCCACUUGGUGAUCGGGUUCUCUUGAAUAACGGACAGAAAUCGAGUCUUUUAUGAAUCCGAGUCAGCAAGUUCAAUUCCGUAUAGUUCUACCUGAGGAGGUGGUCACGUUUGAUCAUUGCUUCAUGGAUUGCAUCGGCUCGCCCUGGUAUACAGCUUACUACUGUAUCACAGCCUGCCUGUUGCUCAAAAGUAUCAGUUGCAUUCUUGAAUUUUGAGGCAAAACAACGCUUACUCCUACUGGCCUUCUUCAGCCUGGUAGUUUUGGUUUUCCGACAUCCUCGAAGGAUUCCGUUACAACAGAGUUGAUAGAGCAAAUGCUCCCGAGUGUAAGUGAAAGGUUUGGUUAAUGCAUCAGCAAGCUGAUGCUGUGAGUCGAUGUGCCGAAACUCAUCACCGUGCUCAGAUUCGAGCCACUGCUUGAUCCUCUCAUUAGCCAAAGCCAAGUUCUUUUCUUUUGGCAGAGAGAUCUUGCACAUACUCCCAAUCAAGCUUUGGCAAUCUGUAAAAACCUUGAUUGGAAUUAUUUGUCCAGUUGCUUCAUAGUACAGAAAACGCAGCAUUUCCACGCUGUCCACAGCUUCAACUAUGGAUAGCGUUUCGCCUGCUUUGGUAGAAUGGAUUACCCUCGAGAGGUUAUGACUUUUCCAAGUCAAAAGAGAUGCCGACGCGUCCUCACUUGAAUCUCCUUCGAGACCAUUUUGAGACGCAAGGGCGACUAAUCGUCCCACGGGGGUCCGGCCUCCUCUUCCUGUAGCAAAGCUAGCGUCCCCAUAAACGGCAAAGUAAGGGCUUUCCUGUCUCCUGAGUCGGAUCCGCAUGGGGGUUUUCUUCAUCUUACGGCACACCCGAUUUAGCUCCCUCAAGUCACCAUAGGUGGGAGCUGCAGCAUGGCUUGACGCUUUAUGUACCUCGUGACAUCCCAGAGGGUGUCCAUGGGAGGUUAUGUAGUUCAAGGCUCCAAGAAGCGAUCGAAAUUCUGAAUGUAACACCUUGCUCAACAGCUCACUGUCCUCGAAUUCUUCUCCGUUCAGAUUCCGAGGAAUCUCUACUGCAUUGCACUUUUCAAGAUGUCCAGAAAAAUCAAUUAUAAUUUCUUCUCUACUCACUGGCGUCAUUCGACCUCCCAGAUACUUAAACUCUCCCUCUUUGAAUUCGGAUAUUCCCCAAGCAGUUGCCAGUUCUUGGAUUGGUCCUUUCAGAAACUCAUCACAUCCAUAUGCUAAACCAUCAUCCACAUGAAGAGCGAUAAAACCCAUCAGCUCUCGCCCUUGGACCAUCUCGUGGUCAAGGUAUUCAAGCAGAUCAUGCUGGCGGUGGCCUUCAAUGCUGACUGCUCGUGAAGAAAUCAGCUUACGGAAUUGCUUCACAGUAGCAUUUUCGUUGACUUCUUUUCCGGGACGAAAAUAAAGAAAAAUGGAUGGGUCAACGGCCGAAACCUGGAAUCCUCUGGCCUCCAGGUCACUUCUGAACUGGAGAUAGAAGGCUCUGGGGGCGUCAGCUAAACCGUACACACUGCUCUUACAACGACAUACGAGGUCGUCCUUUCCUUCGAUGUGAAGGAGUUUCCGAAGGUUUGGUGGGGGGUCGAAUUCUACGACCCCCUGGUCAAUACGUCCACGCAAGAAAGCCGUGGGAACAUCGAAAACUUUGUAAUCCCAUUUGUUUUGCAGACCAAUUUGAAUCAUGAGUCUUAGGUGAGCAAGCAUCACAGUAGGAGAAUCAGUCAGUAGACCACUUCGUAAUCUAGAGUCACGAAAACCCUGAAGGAUGGCUCGCACUUUUCUCUUUGUGAUCAAGUGAGGAUUAGCUGGGUCUUCGUACUUGUAAGUUCGUACUAGACGAGGCCUGACAAGAUUGGAGGACUCCUUUCGAGGGAUGAUCUCGAUGCUGUCGUUGUCGAUAAAGGAUUUCCACUCCUUGGUCUCUGCCUUACAGAAGCCUGGAUCUUCAUUGUCCUCGUCUACUUGUUUCUGAGUGAGUUCCUUCUGAACCAGAAAAAUGCUCUGGUAGCCCAUUGAUUCAGCUUGUUUGCGAAGUUCCAUUCUCCGUUCCUCGGUGUCUCCUUCGUCCAAGAGAUGGUACAAUACAGGGGCACCACUAGGACACUCUUCGAGCUGCUGCAUAAUCUGGUUGGCUAAACCAAUUUCUUCACUCAAUUCUUCAAUUUCGCUCACUCGGUUGAUAUUGAAAGUAGCUUCUUCUUGUUCUUGUUUGGUGGGAGGUCCACCACCAAGAAAUCCUGAGUCACGGUGUACGACAAGACCACGUUCCGAGUUGCAGAGGCCGAAACCAUCAACUACUUUUUGAACCACGAAACUUUGUGGAUUAUAGACUACAGACCCGAGAGUCACAUCACCGCGAGGUUGUCCUUCGUCCCCAGUAAGACGGGAUAUUUCCCAUCCGUGGCGGCGGCAUGACGUCACAAAACUCUCUAGGCGAGCUCCUGAGAGAACUUCACCGAUUUCAAUCUCUUCUAUAACAGAGCGAACUUCGUUUGUUCGGGCCCUUUUUCGGGGAAGGAACAUGCGCGAUCCUGGGGUCUCAUCGUGGUCUUCUUCGCUCAGAGCACCCCCUUCACGUUUGUAAUUUGCAGUGGUACCAGGUCCAGGCGCACUUGGUUCGCCGCCUAAUCCGCUUAAUGGAUAAUCAGGCUCGCUACUAGGAAGUUGGUCCUCUUCGUGAAGGAUGUACUCUUGACGUCCUAGGAGCUCCAUGCUCUCACUGCGAGACCACAACGCGAGUGGAUUUUCCUCAAAGUUGCAGCUACACCCGCGUAGCUGGCUGCAACGAAUUCCACCUGCAUGGAGGGCGAGAAUUUCCAGACCUUCUCCCAAACGCACAGUGCGGUGCUUCUGGCAAACUUUUUCUUUGCAGACUAAUGUCUUGCAAGGAAUGCCGCCACGGACGUCUCGACGGCUAUCGCGCCCGAGUGCAACAACAUAUUCAAAAUCAAUCCCACUUAGCGCUGACUUGAGAUCAGCAUGACGACCCUUGUGGUCACAUGCAAAGCCGAAGGAUUGAUAACUACCGUCAUGCCGAAACACAACAAUGUUUUGGUCGCAGUUGCGAUUUAAUAGUGCAAACCGAUUACUAUUUUCCUUGGGGCAGAUUCGGAUGCUGUUUGCUGUCACUCCAAGGUUAUUUUGACUAAAGUUCACUAAAGCAUGGUAGAGACUGUAGUGUCGUCCGGGUUUACGGUAUAUCAGUCGCCCGUUUCGUUGUUUUGCAACCGAUCCCAUUUCUAUGCUGAAUUGUCCCUUUUCAAGCUGUUUGAAACUAUUUCGGAUAUUUUUUACGAUGCUCUCACUUUCAGCAUUUCCUGCAGUAUGUGGAGUGUCGCGAAUUUCCUGAGUCCUGCUUCGGGCAUCAGUGCUAGGACCAGGCUCGGACAGUUGUCCCGGCAGGAGAUUUGGUAUCUCCUCGUCCUCUGUCCAGUGCCGUACCCAGUUGCUCUUGAAUUUCUCCGGUUCCUUCUUACCCUGGAUCUGGAUCCAGUGAUACUUGUCGGUUUCAGAAUGGGAGUAGUAACCUUCCAGGUCCCACUUGUUGCUGAUAGUAUCCCAGCAUCGAACUCGUUCGCCAACUGAGUACUUCCGGUCGUCUUUUGGUACUGAGCAUCCCGCGGCUCUCUUCAAAAGGGUCUCGCAUCGAGUUUGGGAUACUGCCUGGCGUGCUAGAGCAUUGAGAAGUUCUUGCUCACCAGUAAUCUUCCCGCCUGGAUGAUUUGGACUCAAGUCCAGAAGUUCGGCAGGAAGCCAGUUGCGUGGUGUUCGCUGGUAUCUCCGUUCAAAAGCGGUUUCACCCGUUGUACCAAGGGGUAAAGUUUCAAUAAUCCGACUCACCUCCGGUCCGAGAAUCCGGUAGUCAGGAUACUUGCCGAAUGAGCUAUGAAACGACUCAGCGGUCAUUUCGAUUAACUUCUUGACCCAUGCGCCGCGUCGCUCAACAUAGUUUACUGACUCGGGGCAUCGUGCAGGGGCAAUGUUCUGUUUGCCUGUCACCGUUGCGAGCCCGCUUUCAUGCGUGAAAUUCCAGGAUUGUGUUGUUAAGAGAUCUCGCAGCACACGUCGCGACUCUUCACUGAUGAAGUUACUGCCCUUGUCAAAGUUCCACUCGUUGGGUUGCCCAUGCCAGUGGUGGGUUUGUUCCCAGCAGACGUGAGCAAUGCUUCCGCUGUCAAGGCGCUCAAGCCAGCGGACAAAUGAAUCUCCCGAGUAGUGAUCCACAGAGUGAUAGAAACCAACAGCAUUUCCACCUAUCUUAGGAAAGAUAAUGUCACUGCUCCAGAUUUCAUUCUCAUGCAUGCAAAUGUUUGACAGUCCAGCGUCAUGUACGCGAGGCUUUUGCCGAUAAUUGGCACAGCUCUCACAUUGGUCGCAUAUCUUGUUGUACUCGUCGAGGAUGUUUCGGGGAGCGUUUGCAUUUUUUAGAAGGAGUAUAACUUUGUCACGAUUGUGCCCAAAGCACUUGUGUAGUUUGUGACAGAAUGCCUUCUCCUGACCAACUUUGAGCCGAAACUCACCAGGUACAUAUCGCCGAUUAAUCAGAUCAGCGAUACCCUUCUUGAUGCUCCCAUCUUCUUCUUCGUAUUCUGACAGAAGUCCCACAAAGUGUGGCUUUGAAGAGUCGGAGGUCUCCCGGAAUUUAUUCUUGCUUCCGGGAAGGAUGCCUAUGGUGUAGGUAUGUGGUGUGCUCUCGAAAAGCUCUACACUUGUGACCUUCCCGUUCUUUCGAACGUACAUCUUGUUUGAUUGAAAAUCAAUGGCACUUCCCAUGAGCCUGAGAGCAGGAAGUCCUAUCAGUAAGGGAGUGUCUCCAGGAAUGAUCUCUACGUUCACCACAAGACGGAACGAUGGGUUCUGAAGGGUCAAGUGUACUACUCCACAACUAUCUCCUGUCUUCCCAUCGGCGUACCGCAUUUCGCGAUCGCUGGGAAGGAUUACUGGUCGCGCAAUGCCGAGUCGAUCAUACUCACGAAAAAGUUCAAGUAAGCGGCGUUCUCCUAUUAAGUUCAGAGUAGCACCGCAGUCAAUGAUUGCUUCAUCAACACCUGUGCCACCUUUACCGGCAAGAAAAGCCAGGUGCUUCAUAUCCACAUAAUCUUUGCCCAGGAAGACAGUUUCCUUCUUGGUAACAGGAUCUGUGUGCAGAUAUGUGGACUGUUUUCGGGCACAGGGGGGUACGGAGAAAUGUGACCGAAUUGCCCGGUGGCGAGACCGAUUCAAACGCUUCCUAAUUUUCAGUGGCAGACGACUUCUGGGCACCCUAGAGUGAAAGCCUUUGUUCUCAUGGGUGUCCACGAAGGAGUACGUGACUUCUUCGCGGCAAUCAUAAAACAAAGCGCUUUCUUCUUCAGAUUCAGACUUCGAAAAGGCUUCUCGUCGUUUUCGUGAAAGUGCACGUUCCCGGCGGUCCUGUCGUCUCAAAAGCUUCAAAAAUCUUUGAUGUUGUCGAUUUGACUUUUGAAAUACAGGUGUACUCUGACUGUUAUCCCGAAGGUACAUGCCUUCGGGCUCAUAAACGGGGAGAGGAGCCGAUGGGUCCUCCUCCUGACAGUCCUGAAAGCAUAACUCUUCCUGACACUCGUACCACAGGAAGUGGUGACUUUUCGGUUUAUUUGUCUCCUGGGUGCCUUUUCUUUGGCAACAUCCGCAAUCGCGUCCCGCGAUAAAUUCUCUUCAUCGCCGUCGAGUCGGUCAACACGGUGAAUGUUAUUGGUGCGUUCGCGGGAAGUGUUCGUUGUCUUGUUUUCGAUAGCCUGUUUUUCCAGAAUCUCGAAUUCUGGAAACUCUUUACCGAGCGCACGUCGAACCGCAUCUUUGUUCUUGCGAUCAGGGCAUUCGUCCUUUCGGUGUCCCAUCUUCCCACAAAUCCAACAUUCGCCUUGGAAGAUCCCACGUAUAUCUUCAACUUCAGAGGUGCACUCUUCUUCAGCUCGUCGCACGUUACGCUUACCGCGUCCGCGUUGAAAGUUGUUCAUCGAACGUUUGUUCUUUUUCAGAAAACCACGACUGAAGACACGACGAUUAAUGUUGCGAUUAUUCGACGAACGACGUUUGUUAUUGGAGUUUCCGCGAGCAUAGAAGAUGUUGCGCACAGCUUCCUUAUCCUCGUUUUCGAGAUCACUAAAAACGGCUGGAUUUUCAUCGUCGUCAUUACUGCUUACUUCUUCGCUUUCACUGUCAGCUCCAGCAGCGCGGUAAACGCCGCCGCCUCCGCCACCACUCGAGCGAUACUGAUCGAUCACCUUUUCAGCACGGUCGCGACGCUUGUGAAAGCGGGUUGUUUCGCCGUAGUCCAAGAUGUUGACCUUUUCCAGCAGUUCCAUUGUUUCUUCCUUGUCUGGUUUCAUCUUGAGGAUAAGCAUCAGUGAUUUGAUUGGAUCACAAAACAGCUCUGUGGGAUAAAUCUCGAAAAUUCCGUCAUUCGGGCACCCUUGUUUGUGCCCGUGUACGUGGACGUCGGCUUGGUGACAUCGCGGACACCAGUUGUCGUUAAAAGCAGCACGUCCGCGUACAGUAAUUCCUGCAAGUCGUGAACAAUCGUUCAAGUCCUGGAAUACCUCAUUGUAUUGACGUAGUGAGGUGCUAGCUUUUUGUCCCUUGUUGAAUUUCAGUGUAUUCAUUUUGUGGAGGCUCCCGAGAAGCUCAUUUUGUUCGUCUUUGUGCCCGAAAGCUACUACUUUGGCGUAGUUAAUCAAGGACUCUAGGGUCCUGAUCUCCUUGACGUUGACCACGCCGCCAAUGAUGUCGUAGAGCUCUUGCUGACUCUCCUCGUUCCACCUCCUCACCAGAUCCACGAUAGCUUUAUCUUCGCUCUUUUUUGAAGCGUCGAUAAACAGCCUUGCCGCAAUUUCGUAUUUCCGAAUUUCAUGGGCCCCGCCAUCAAAACGGGGUCCCUUUUCGUCGUCUUUGUCGUUGACCAUGUUCUUGGGAAAACACAAGGACAAUAGAAAGAAAAGGUUUCCCUGAGUCGUGUAGGGAAAACUUGAGAAGAAAAAACUAACUAAUCGAGAUAGUGCUAAGCACGCAAAAAACUGGUUGACGAUGUCGUUCAACCACUCUCCGCUACCAAUAUAGAAAAAUGAGGACUUGGAUAAAGGUGCUUUAUAGUCUGUUAGGGCUCCGAGAAGCAGCUUUAUCAAGAAACAUAGGAUCAUAUAACUAACUAGCCAUCCACCUUCUGGUGCUGGUCUUUUCUUCUCAAAUGUAGCUGAAGACCGCACAAGACCGAGGGAUCCUAGUCCCACAAGAGCGUAAGAACACAUAGACACCAAAAGAUACAAGAAGGGCAGCAUCAUGCUGAGUGCUGACAGAAACAUGGUGUUUGAAGCUCCUAGAAGCAAUGUACACAUCUGGUUGUGUACUAGAAACAUUGAAGAAUCAUAAAAGACACAUCAUAUCGUAAUACAUAACAGUCUCAUAUUCGGGAUCCCCCAUCCCCCACUGAACUGUAGUUUUGAAUGGGCAAGUGAUUUGAUAACAUGAUAUCACUGUUAAUCUGAAAUCAAUUGCGAUUCAAUCACUUUUCUCAGUAUACGUCAGAUUCUCUUGUCUAAGGACUAGGGCUCCGAGAAGCAUAAUGAUACGAUUGCUGGAAGCCUUUCAACGAAUAACGAACGACUCACUUCAUGACGUCUUCGUGAUCUUCUCGUUCACUCACCAUGGGGAUCUUCCAGAUUCUCUUGUUCUCACAGAUGAAUUCUCAUAUUGAUUUGUCGAAUCAUUGUUGUUGUUCUAGGAUGGCUCAAAUCAAAUGUGAAACAGGAUUCACUAUUACACAUGGUGUGACUUAUUGUUGACAGAUUAGGCUUCCAAGUAGAUCUGUGAUUAUUUGUGCCUGAUGGUCCAGAAAAUAUCCCUUCUUCAGAAGGAGUUUAUUCUAGACAUCACCUUAGGUUGACUAACUAGUUUUAGGACUAGUUUUAGGGCGAAGCGACCAGUUAUUUUGAUAAGCUGUAGCAGUAAAGAAAGGAGUAUGUCUCGUGUGAAUACUUGGUAUCCCGUCUUCGUGAUGCGGCGAAUGCAGAUCGUCAUGUGCGAGCUGUGCGCGCGAAUCGCACGAACCAUAAAUUGUUCCCUUACGUCGCGUUCGCAACAUGAGGAGCCAGCAUCGGAGACGAGCGCCAUUUUUGUGAUCAGUUUUUUACGCGAUACUGAACAGCGAAAAACAAGAAUUCGACAGCGCUUAUCGAAAUACUGUUAGCGAUGGUUAAACUAUUUGCGUCGAAGUAAACCCUGUUGCCUUCACACAAUGCAUCGGAAAGGACUAGAGAUCUCAGCUAAAAUCGUGGAAAUACUUAAAACCAGAUGAAGAACGAAGGAUACAACGUAGCGCAAAGCAACCUUGUGCGUCGCAUGUAAGAUAACCGAAAGUCUUUCCUUAGGAGCCGUAUUUUGGUCUCGCGUGAUGUAUCACCGACAGUUAGAUCCAGUCAAGUCCUUCGCUUCAGGACGAAGACGGCAGGCAGGAAAGCCGCGGAAUUCAGACCAGGUAUACGAUCAAGAUUUUUUUUUAGGCUACAAGAGAACAACACCCAGGACUAAAGUGAGUGGCUCAAGCGCUUUGCCAUAAAAAUUCUGUUAAAGCGCAUAAAAUUUCGCAAGGAAAUGACAAGAAUGCUGUGCCGAUUAAAAGUUCGGACGUGCGUGGUAGAGGUUGGGUUUAGCGAGUUUUACGUCAUGGACGAAAAUGCAAGACAAGAGAAAGAAGUUGUUCCACUCGAAAGAUACUGAAUUUUUUCUGAAGGAGGUCCGCCACCCGUUCUUUGAUGAAAAUAAUGCGGACGAGGUGGCUUGUAUCCAAAGCUGUUUCAUGUUCUAAAAAGUUCGAUAAGUUAAAAAGAGAUGCAGACUUUGUCAAGAGAUAUGAGUGAAUUAAUCGUUAUGUGUCGCAUUUUAGUCAAUUGUUCUCGGAUUUGAUGGAUGACGAUUAGAAAAGGCGGUCAUAAAAUCAUAUUUGUCGUCAUGAACUACAGAAAAAGCUGGAAGGUUUUCUUUUGGUUUCUGAAGGAAGAACUGUGCUCCAGUCGGUCUUUCUAAACUUGUCUCUGGCAUUCUAGGAUCGUACAUAUCUCCUAGUAAGUCACGCCUUUCGUCCUCGGCAGUUCUAUGCUUAGAACCUUGCGCUGCUUGCUCUGGUCGAAGGCGCGCUUGCUCCCGUGUGUACAUGACGUAUUCGCCGGAGCACCUUCUACAAGGCUCUUCGAGGUCAAAGUGGCGUGGUGUAGAAGCUCGAAACUGCGUAGUAAGCGGCUUCGUAAUCUCAAGGAUCGUGUGGCAGCGGCUCUUGAGGGCUCCAAUAUCUUCAAAUCUCCAGCAAGAAGCUUGCGGAAUGAGGUAGUUACAAGUCACAACUGCGUACUUCUUCAUAGAACCGAUAUCAAUCGGAGACUUCGACUUCUGGUCAACGCGAGCUUGAAAGUUAGAAAGUGGUAGGUGGAAGUUAUGUCGAUCCAGUUCCGAGUGCCCUGUUACUCUAGUCAAGACAAUAACUAAAAUUGGACUUCUAUGGUUCGAAAACGCCAUAAGUUUUUGCGACUCCAAAAUAGCUAGAAGAAGCUGUGGCUGUACUUUGUCGUCCAAUCGUAAGUCGUUGAACUUGAUGAAACGAAUCCGCAUUGGGUCCAAAUUAUUGAAACUGAAGUUCGCAGAGCCGGCGGGAGUAAAAACUUGCUCCACUGGAAGCGGAUCUGCUAGCGCGAGUCCUAGACUGGACUUCCCCGUGCUGGGAUUGGCGCCGUACAAAGUUAGAGGGGCUUAAGGAAAAGGGGAUCGGCUUUAUUUCUUGCAAAGCACUAGUUCCGAAUAAAUACUGUUUGCCCCUAAGGCUACGGAGUUGUUUGAAUUCAAAUUACAUACGCACUAAAUGGGGGAAGAAAAAAACGACAAAAGUAGGAAACUAAUCGUAAUAGAAGAUUCGAAUUCUCGCGCCCUGACUCGUCCUCCCAAAUUCGCUCAUUGUAAGCCCCAAUCUGCGGACAAACAUCGUGAAACCUGCUAAUUCGGACUAAUUCAUGGUACUUGGUGAAAGGCCGGGCCCCCUUGUUGUUCGGGCAGUUACAUUCGCACUGGAGCGAAUCUCGCAAAUGCUUCGCCAUGUCCUGUUUAAAUAUCCCGCCCUUUGCGAUAGAGAUUUAGAGAGAUACUGAGAACAAUAACCUCUGGGAAAAACAAUAGCGAGCUAUUGAUAGAGUUAGGAACUAUACGCCAAAAAGCUAGCACGAGAAAUUUAAACGAAAGACUUAGAGAGAUACUGAGAACAAUAAACUCUGGGAAGAACAAUAGCGAGCUGUUGAUAGAAUUAGGAACUAUACGCCAAAAAGCUAGUACGAGAAAUUUAAACGAAAGGCCUUAAUUUACAGCGCGCCGAACUAGCUCCUCCCAAUCGAGUGGCUUUACUCGAUUAAGAAAGUUCUCGAACCUUUUCCAAUGCUUCAAUUCUGACGGGUCAGCGCGGUCCAAGCAGUCGGCUUUUCCAGCUUGAAGGCCAAUGUCAACCUCUGAAAUGUUCGUCUUGCACAAGGCUUCAUGCGUAAUCAGCCACGUCAUCACUUGCGUCGUCGACAUGGUGCAUUAGAAAAUGGGCGCAAAGCAUUUUCGUGGAAUAGAAUGGGUCGCAUUUUGUUCGAAUGAGUUUCGAGCGACGCCGUGAGCGACAGAACAGCUAGCGCCACGGCGUUGCCAACGGCGGAAAGUUUAAAGUUCUCCCUUGCCAUAACAGCGAGCGCCCAAGCGGGCAUAUUCCGCGUCUCGGGUUCGCACUGAUUUCUUCGGCGGUGAGAAUCGGUAAAGCAUCGGAGCCGGAUCGAUAAUUUUUUCCUCUUGCGAAAUAUUAGAAAAAAAAAAGGGAACAACUCGAAUUUUUAGCAUUUGCACCGUGUGCAUGAUGAUAGCAAGAGCAGUAGCGCGCUAAUGCCCCCGAGCGUAAGAUAAAAAAGAUACUUCAGAAUAGCUCCAUGCGUAUCGUGGCCUUUCCCUGGCGCCAGAAUUCUCCAGCGAAUCAUAAUGCCGAGUAUGUCGGCAAUGGCGGCGCACAAUGCUGGAAAUCUUUUCGUUCGCGACGGACAUUGCAGGAAGAUCUCCAAGUUAGUGCAGUAUGAACGUAAAAAAAAAUUGCUGAUGGUCAUCUUGUAGAAGUAACGGAGUGCUUAUUUUGGUGACGAAUGGGCUCGCCAAAUUCGCGCUAAGACAUUUACUAAGUUGAAAAACCGCCAUAAGGUAAUGCCAAUAGCCUUUUAGACUUCUUUCUUCCGCGAUGUAACCUCGAAACUUCUUCUUGGACAUUCGCUUGCCGCCUCGCAAUUUCAUCGAGUCGAUAGCGCGCAGAAAUCCCUCCAUUAAUUGCUCCUUUCGAUAUUUGCCGAAUCCACCUGCAACACAGUAAGUUCCUGACAUGACUUUAAAGCCGUGGUUUGGUGCCGAGUCGGGAUCGAUCCAAAGCAAGUCGAAAGUUAGAGUUUUCUUUUGAGUUACGAUUUGAAGGGUAAGCACAAGUUGUCAAGCUAAAUAAAAAGGAUAGAAUACGUCUACACUAUUACGAUUGAACCAUAAGUGUGGGUCUUUAUUGGUAACGUGUUUUCGCAUCUCCUCUUCAACGUCACUUUCGCUGUCCUCUUCGGGUUCUUCAGAUUCAAACCCUUCGCCACCCGACUCAUCGUUACUGGACGACGAAAAAGUAUGAAAGUGAGGAACUAACGAUAAGAGCUAUUUUAUUGUCUCUACAACACGGGGAAAGGCCGAUAGGUAAGGACGAGACUUAAAGAAUCAGAAAAGUCAAAGUGAGAAAUACCAGCACGCCAGUCGUUUUGUAGGCCUAAUGAUAAUAUUGCGAAUAAAAUGUCCGCUGCGCGUUAACAGAUAUCUAAGUAGUUACGCAAUCGAAGAGAGUAAAGUUUUAAACCGUAACAUUCCCCAUUGAUGAUAUCUCGCGCGCCUCGAUUUUUUGGCAUGUAGUCUUUCUUGUUUUUCUUCGUCUGUUUCUUCUUGCUGGUCGAGCCUUCGGUCUUAGAUCCCGGCUCUUUUGGUGCAGCUGGUGGAGCGGAAGGAGGAUCCUGCGAAGCAUUGCGAGUUAAAUCUAUCACCUUAUCCUGUAUAGCCAGAAGAACAGCCUUCUCCUGCGGAGUAAAGUUUCCCGCUUGUCCUAUGGUGAAAAAAUUUUUAAAGAUGUUGUUUGCAUUGUCUUGCGAAGGAGUAGAACAACUAGAACUGCUAUUUUGUUGUUGUCGAUUGUUGCAGGAAUUUAUUGUGUCGAACGCCUUUUUGUCAUUCGCAUGUGCCGCUAUUCGCCGCGCUUCCAUUGCUUUCUUUGUGCUGCCAGGUGGUCUGCCGCGCCGCUUGCCAUCUUCUGUUGCUUUUUUUUUGUUGUCUAUUACUGAAGUCGACGUAGUAGUUCGAUGUGUAGCUGCAGAAGGUCUCGCUGAAGUCGCCCCUGCACUGACUUCAGUUGGUGUAAUGCUACCAGUUACAAAUUGUACGUCGGGAUCAAACGAAGUCCCCGCAUGAACGGACAUUCCACCAAGAACUUGGCCAAAGCUUUGCGACAAUGAUGAAGACCUUGCUCCAAGCGGGGUUCUCCACGUUGAUAUGCCACCAUCCUCCCAAACGUCAUUGUCGUCGUCGAUUCGAUAUCUCGUUUUUUCAGCAUUGUCCUCUUCUUGGCCUACGGUAGGAGGUGAAAUUUUUUCAUUUUCCUUAUUCUCGGCUAGUGAAAUGUUCGUUCUGACGAAAGGCAGUUUCGUCGAGGCGCCUACUAGAUUGACAGGUUGAAUAGCAGGCCGGAGACAAGUAGUUCCAUCUUUAGAAGACCCAAGUACUUGCGAAGCGCUUUGAGAUUCCGCCAAUGUCGGCGCUCGACGUUCAUCAACAGAUCUCCCGAUCGGCACUGCGCGACCAAGUACAGAAAGUUUGUCAGAAACCGUUCUUGCAAGUUCUUUUUUUACAGCCGGCAGAUGCGUAAUACCUCGCGCCCGCAUAGCAGCCGCGUUUCGCGGAGGACUGAGUUCUAGUUUAAUUACUGGCUCGUCAACGUCGUCAGAAGUGGUUUUAGUGGCUUCUCCUUUACCAGUCACUGACGCGGCUGUUGAUUGUUCUGGUAUAGAACGACGUGUUGUAGAUGCUACCGGAAGGAAGGAACCCUGGCAAGACUUUCUAGCCGAAGCAGUAGCCUGAGAAGGCCGCGGACUAUUUGUGAGACGAGUCCGCAAUAACGAUUUCAUUUUAGCGCCGGAUUCUGCCGUUGAAGUCUCCUGAAUCAAAGUAUGAUCAUUCGACUUCGGUAUUUCGUUCGUAGCACUACCGCGCUCUUCGCCAAACGUGCUACAAACAUUUUCAUCAUUGUCAGGAGGCGUUUGAACGAGAAUAAAACCAGAGGUGCCGGAACUUCCUCCCGAAGUAUUUCCUAAAUCGACGCCAAAUAUUCGUUUAGAAAAGCUCGUAGUGUAAGAUAUUCGAUCUUGCGAAGCUGUACAUUCGCCCUUUCCGCGUGCGGGUCGUGCAGGUCGUAAAGAAGUAUCGCCUCUAGAUUGGCCGGCACUACUAGAAGAUUUAUCCGCGUUGCCUGUGAUCGUUGGCAUUGAAGACUUUUUAGCAGUAGUUCGUUUUGUUCCCGCGGAGAUUUCUUCACAACAUUCAUGCUGCGAUGUCAAUUUGACAGAUUUCGGCCUCGGUUUUGCAGACGAUCUCGAGCUUGUUGCAGGUACUGCGGUUUUCGAUUUCCCUCCCGCAUUGCAUUGCAAGGAGGACGUGAGAACUGUAGAUUCUUUCUUAGCAGAUUUCUGCGGCUUAGCUUCCUUCUUGUCUUUUUGCGUUCUUUUGUUUGAUGCUGGCUCCAAAAAGUCUUGUCCAUUUCCAGCGUAGUCUUCUCCAAAUGCGUCAAUAAACAGUCUUUCGUCGCUUAAUGCGAGGGAUCUGUAAUAAGUGAUGACAUUACGAUAUAGAGAAUAAAUAACUCUCAGCAAAAUCGAAAAAAAAAGACUUCACUAACCUAGAAAUAAUUGUCAGCGUCUAUCUCUCAUCGCAAUAUUCGUCAAAAACAUAGUGAUAAAAAGUGCUUUGACAAUAAAAAGCAGUAAGAACAAUAAGAACUCUAAUACCUCUUCUUAGUCUGUUUAGGCUUCAGGUUCUUUUCAAUUACUGACCGGGAAGCACCUGUCGCCGCUGAGGCCCUGACGAACGAAAAGUGUUUCAUGCAACUUCGAAUUUAUUAUCUCUCAUGACUCAUUUAAAGUCGUGCCUUGUUUAAAAAUAUUGCAAGAGGAAAGACAAAAACAACGUCACGAAUCGACACUAAGCAGCUGCAGAUCUACACAAAACAAAGAGUUCACUAAAUCAAAAUUACUUCUUCAUCGACGGCUGAUUUUUGCCAGUCGAUUUCUCAUUCGAUUUGGCGGCAGUGGCCUUCGGCCCCUUCUUGGGAGGCAUGGCGCGUAACUGAGAUCAAUUUUCCUUGUUCCUUUGGGACUACAAAAUGCCUGACCGGAGGCUUGGCCAGACAGCUUUUUAUCAGAUUGUGAGCGGUUGAAUAAACGGACGCUGCAAGAAAGUCUUUCGAAAGAUGAAAUGGUUCUUCGGGUACUCACUGCCAGACGUUACGAUCGACAGCAAGUCUUGAGAACAACGAAGGCAACGGCUACAUUUUUUUCUUGAUAGAGGCCUGACACCUUGAAUAUGAUUUUAUUCAAUUACUUCGAAUUAAAAUUUUUAUUUAAUUAUUUUUUAAUCACGAUUUCACUUUUAUGAUAUUAAGAUCGUUAAAUAUCACACAGUAUGGAUAUCAGCCAUUCUACAGAUCUUUCUAAAUUGCAAAACGGCAUAUCGGGCGGAAAAAAGGUUAUUUAAUUUUGAAAGAGCUUUCUAAAAAAUUGCAAUUAAAUCAAAGAGCUUUCUAAUGGUCAAUAUGUAAAGAGCUUAAUAAUUAUUUAAAAUCUCUUAUAAUUUUCCUCUAGAAAGCUCUUUUGUAAUUUGUCGGUAGCAGCGUAAAACUCGUUCUCAUUCGGAGUAAGAAAAUAACAACCGAUUUUUUUUAAUUAUAAUUAAACAUUUAAUUAAUUUCGCAAGCGAGACGACAGAAAGAUCUUUUCUGCGGAGACCAAAUUCAGUGCAUUGCAACCAGGACAGCCUUACAGGUCCUGCAAGACUCUUCCGCAGAACACACGAGCGAAACGAGAUCGCGGUAGACCGUCUUUUGGUAGUUCAUUCAGGACUUCACACACCAAGAAAGCAGUUGCAGUACAAGUUGUUGUUCGUCUCCAUCAAUCGAUAAGGUUCUUAAAUCGUAAGAUUACAGUUUGACAUGCCUUAGUUAGAAAAAUCUUCGUCACUACUGAAGUCCGAAGCUACCCAUUCAUCCUGAUCAGUCUCCUUCGUCGAUCCAUCGUUAUUAUUGACUUGCUUGGGCUGCAUGAGAGCGUGCCAUUGCUGAUUAGUGCUGCCUGAAGACGGUGACAACGGAGAAAGAGAGCCCGAAGAUAAAGUCUUUUUUGAAUCUUCAUCAUUUUGUGCAGCAGUGCUUGUACUGUUUCGGAACAAGGACACUGAAGAUUUCUCCAAUGCCCCCGACUUUUCUUCUUCGCUCUGCUUUAAGCUAUUGAAGGCUCUGGCCUUCACAACAUAUUGCGGCGUAUCCGUACUACUUGAUGGCUUCUCCUUGAGUUCUUGCUGCAAUUCGGCUGGCUGGAAAGAAAGUGUAGCGAGUAGAUCGUCUCCUUUCUUAAGAGGUGGCUUUUUUUCCAGGUCAGACGGCAGCGUCGAUCUUCCACAAAUUUUCGUUGUAACGCACGUCUUUGGCUCCGUUGGUUAUGAGAGGAACUAAUUGAAAAGUUGAAUCUUAUAUGACCACGCUCAGGCAUUUAUGAUGAUCGAUCUAUCUAAUUCACACACUUAAAGACAAGCGUUAGUGAUACUCCUAGCACUGCCUUAACGGUCCAGACCGCUCUAAUUCCGCGAGUUGUUUCUUCGGAAUUUUUUUCGGUGGAACAAGAGGUAAGGAAGAAAGACGAGCUGCCCAGAAGUCGUUCUCUGAAAUAGGGACCAUUUGUCCUGCCCCCGGGAACGAGUCUGAAGCAGGCGCCAAGUGCCGGAAAUAUCGAGGCAUAGUCGAUGAUGCUCCUUCUUCAUUUUGCUUUUGAUGCAACACACAACAGUGUGCUUCGACGACUCCGCAGACAACGCAAUAUUUUUUUUCUUCAUUCGGAUUCGGAACAAUGAGAUCAUCCACGAAAUUAGAGCGAUUAUUUAAUAGGCCGUAGGUCAGUAAUGUUGAUUCUCAGAGUGACGUUUAUGUCAUUUCGGACAAGAGUGCCUAUCAGAAAAAUUCAUAAUUUUGUUCUCCAGCCAAAAUUCUCGAAGCCUCGUGUGCCAGUGCAUACGAGUAACCUCACGCUGCACGCUCCAUCCACAUCGCUCGAAUUCUCUUGGUCCGCUGAAUUGCAACUGAUUCUCAAUGACGAGGCCUCGUAAGCGCGUAAGUUCGUAGGCUACGUCUUCUGUCAGCGCCCACCGCGCUCGCGUAGCUCGAGUGUUCUUCACAAUUGCUGAUACAUCUACUGGUUGCGUAAACUUGGUUGCCUCAGGAGCAACGUACAGUACACAAAAAUCACUUGCCACCCAUUCCCCAGGAUAAUACGCUUUACAGUGACUGGGGUGCCGGUCACAAAUGAAUAAAAGUUUCCACAACGAUCGGUCGUACGCCGGUAAGGUUUCUUUGAAAGAUCGCCAACGACGCAUGACGACGCUUUCCAAGUAAUGACGAAAAUCUUCGCUGUUCAUUGACCCACAAUGCGCCCACGGGUGGCAUCGUGCCUCAACGUCCUGUAGAGAUCAAGAUGAAAGAAAGGUAAUGCAUGUAAAAUUUAAGACAGCAAGAAAGCAAUACUGACAUCGGAAUAACAACUCGCGAAAAAAUUCGCAUUUUCUGACUUUCUGCGCCAAGAUUAAGCUCCUGAAAACGUUUUUAUUACCGCGCGUUUCGAAAUACAAGCAAGCUGACUUGUAGCUUGCUGGGCGCUAGCAAGCUCAAAGCAACCCCUAUUUUGUGUUAUUCCGAAGCAAGGAAAGAGCGACUAUUCCGCAGCAGCAAGAAGACUUUUUAGAACGCUGAGGGGGCAGUGUAUGAGAGGCGGCGGCUAUAAUGAGAAACCAACGUUAAAAGUUCUACUCUUAAAAUGAGAAAAUUUGCCCGAAAAUUACGAUCCCCCGCACCCCCGGGCUGCCCUUCCUGAGGGCAACAGAAUGACGCCACAAUAUUUAAGACAAGCAGCGCAGGCCUAAAUAAAGACUUUUCCAAGGCGGUCUUAGUUUCUUAUUUUAAGAUUAAGUAGCAAAGUCAAUUGAAGAAAACUUUAAGUGGGGAACCAGGGCGAAAACUACCAUCGUUAGCGAGGCGCACGGUAGAGCGGCCAUAAUUUAAAUUUUGUUUUCUCCUACUGCCGCCCGACCUGAAUAAUUUUCGUGGUUUACCCCGCAGUUCCGGUAGCAAGUUAGAUGAUUAUUUUAAUAAAUGGGGACGUUUUUUUGAAACGUCCCCCCCAAAGAGAAUUAAUACGUCACGUGCUGUUGGCAUAGUAAAAAAUCAACUCUCAGUAUUUUGUGCAGUAGAAUCUCAACUCACAAUAAGAAAUGAUCACAGACAGAGAUACAGAAGCAAGGAAGACUCAAAUUGUUGCAUCAAAGGAUUACCACCCUGCAGACAAUAUUCCGUGCCAGGAACAAAUUAGUUAGGGGCAAAGCUUGAAGCUUGGGCUUCUUAUGCGUAUGGGUCUCAGCUGCCUAUUGUGGGUAGAAUUCAAACUUGAGCCAAACCCGGAGGGGUUUGGCGUGAUGACAAAGGUCCAAGAGAAGAAUCGUUUCAUCAAGUCUCAAUGCUCAUCAAGUUAGUUUCCACUUAAAUAGCUGCUGUCUCUCGUUUCUCAAACAACAGACUCAAUUGCGCACACAAAUGAAAAUCAGGCACAACUAACACAUGCGUUACUCAGUUACCCAAACAUGCUUUUUCAAAUCCCAGUGGAGUGAUGCAAAAUUUUCACAAGAAUAAUUUUGGUCACAGAUAUGAAGAUAGACUUGAUGUUCAAGUUACAAAAAAAUACUUUCACUCGUGUAAGCGAAAUUGUGCAUACUGAUGUUUGAAAAAACUUACUUUCUCGCCACCCAAAACUGUGCAACUUACUCUGUGCAGAAAUACUCUUUUUCAAGGACAAGAAAAAAACAACUUCACUUCUUACCGACCAAGUUUUUGAUGCUCGAUAACAAAGAAUAUGCCAGCCUUGCUCUGUGUGUUCCCGUUUACAAAAAUAAUUGAUCAAUGCAAUGACGUUUCUGUACACUGAGCCUUAACUACUGAAAACUGUACAAGUAUUUAAAAGCUCUUUUGAAUGCCUUUUCACUUCUCCCUCUUUCACUCGUGCUGGCUUUUGCAGAAUCUGCUCCCUGUUCACACUGUCCAAACAAAAUUCCCUGCCGUUUUCUUCACUUCUUAGCAAACUUCACUGUACAAAAAUAGCAGUCGUUCCUCUUUACUAGAAACGAAGCUGCGCUUUCUGGGGACCGAAAGAUUAGAAUUCUUGCUGUUCAAAACGUUGAUCACCGAAGAAGUGGCACCAAAGAAGAAGUUGCUCUUUUGUAAUUCACACCACUAGAAACCACCGAAAAUUGCGCUGUCCAGCUAGCUGUUUAACAAUUAUUCUUGCAGACCGCCGGGCAAAGUCGAUGGGAAGUUUUUAGGUCGUGCAAGCGGAAAAGUAGUGGAGACCAGACCGGAAGACUUUGUUUUUGAUACUGAUACUUUCUUUUUCUGGUCGACACUACUCCGAAACUUGUUCUGCAGAAGAAGUUGAAGAAGAAGCAACUGCUGCAGUCUCCGACUCCUGUGUAGUAACAUGUCUGUACAAGAAAUUGGUCACCACCUCCUGCACUUGCUCCACCAGAAUACCCAAAUUGGCAAGUAGAAAGAGCAAAAUGAGUGUGACUUCUCUUGGGUCCUUCGUGGUAGCGUCCACAGGAUUCGCCGGGCCAGGAAUAUGAGCCACCUCCAACGGGCCUUCUUCCCUCAGCUGCUCAAGAUACUGGUAGUCGGUCUGUAAGUUCCUCUCCGUAGGCUCCCCCAGCAAAUUCUUGCUGUCUGUCAAAUUCAGCAUAGGCGUCUUGAUGCCCACCAACUGCAAGUCCAGGCAAAUUUGCCGCAAGUAAGUUAGCUCCGAAACCACCACCCGUUGUCCUAGCAAUUCUAUGCCGCUACUCGAACUAAACACCCUUUUUGGUAUCUUCGAAAACAGGGUAAGAGUUGUGGUUCGAUCUCUGAUUGGACCAGUCAGUCCAGCCGCGCCACCAACUCUGCUUUUGCUCGCAUCACUGAUUCCAAACUCCACAUGUUCCAACAAAUUUCCCAGACGGUAAACUCUUCUCGUGCUGCUACCGCUAAGGCAGGAAUGAAAAAUGAGAUUGUUUAUGUCAUCGAUGAACUCACGAAGAAGAGUAGUUCUACCAGGUUCUUCUAGUAGAUGAACUUGUCCCGCUAGUUGCGAAAGCUGUUGUAGCAGAAUCCCGUUGCAUUUAGUCAUCCACAUCAUCUCACCCACUCGUUUUCUAAAUGGACUCUGCAGCUGCUUAAGCAGGAACUUGUUCGUCAUCGUACUUUUUCGAUAGUAGUAGUCCUCACACUCUGCCAGUGUCAAUUCUUUGACCUUGUUGAUGUACUUCUCCUGCGACACGUAAAUCACCACGGCAGAAGAGUAAGCAUUUCUUUCCAUCAGUAGUGGAACCUCAAAAGGUAUCUUCUCAACUUGAGGGUAGUCUUCUGGCGCAGUCGUGGCUGUGACUCCUGUCCUUGCUUCUACCGCGCUAAGUUGUUUCUGGCUGGGAAAGUUGUAUAACUGAGGAUCGAUCUUCGCUUCUGCUUCUUCAAUGUCAGCUCUUCUAACAUGGAGUUGCUGUGCUACGAUUUGUUGGUCAAACGCCUCGGGUACGCAAAUCAUCUCGCGCCCGACAUAAGAAUCCCUAGUGCACUCGGAAAGGACUGCGAACGAACCCAGUGUGUAUUUCUGAUACACAAUCAUCAGCCUUAAAUACAUGAAGUUGUGACCAGUGUGCACCGCAUCGUCAACGUGGCUUCCUAAGCCGCCUAGUAGCGUGCUCUCUGUUUGCGUAUGGUUCGCUAAUUCGUCCAUCAUGCUUUCCGUGCGCGGAUUGGCGAAUGCAAAACUGGUGCCUAUCUGUACAGCUGCUACUGGGGUUUUGUAUUCCUCCUCUGUGUCAUAGGCGUCGAAGUCUAGAAGAUGGACACGUCCCUCAACAUCUGCUGCUGGAAGUUUCUCGAUCAGCGACAGCUUCCAAUGUAAGUAGUGGUCCGCCCAGCCCUCCUUAAUGGCUUUCCUCUCCAUCGGCGAGGCAUAGUACAACCAGAGACAGGGGUCUGCCUUCGACUGGACAAAACCCACCUGACGCAAAGUCUGCUUGUAGGACAGCCCCCAAAGACGCGGCGCAUCCUUGAAGCCGUAGAGGCGCGACGUCAUCUCCAUCACUUCAUCGAAACCGAAUUCCUGUAGCGCUAAAAUCGACUCGGGCACCUCCAUGAAGACUUCCUCCGCAUCCUCUCCAUAUGCCUCCUGAAACUUCAUCGACCGUAAAAAUGCUGUACCUACAUCUCCCAGCAUAAGCGGAGUCUCCAAAGCCUGCGACAACUGCGCCAACAUGAGUAAAGAAGCAUCGUGCAAAGUGUAGCUGCGACAGGGCAGCGGACUGCCUUGGCCUUUCUUGUGGAACCGCUUGUCCUCGAAUCCUCUGCUCACCCAGCGACACUUCACCUUCUGUAUCUUCCCCGAAGCCCUGUCCACCUUGAUUGUCACCACUAGCCGACUCGUAACUACAUUCUUGCCUUUCAUCUGUGCUUUCUUGUAGCCUUUGCCGAAAGUUUUGUGGGCAACCACCUCUGCCACCUCCGCUCGCAGCGCAGCGUAGUAAUACGCAAAAAUGCCUAACUCCCUUGCCACGCUCUCGGAAAUGACUACUGUUCCGGACUUUGCCUCAGCAGCAUAGUCUUCCAUCCUGCUGUGCGAUUCCUCGGUCACCUCGAUGAAGAUUCUGGCAACGUAAACCGCGCCUGCUUGUUGAUGGUCUGGCUGUUCGUCUUGACAUGCUACAACUUCUGGAGCCAAAUUCUCACCCCAUCUGACAAAGAUGUGCUUGCCCUUGCGAUUCGUGUGCGGUGCCUUGCUUAAACCAACUUGAACUGAAGUCGCUACAUACUUCAGAUCCCGGUUAUCCUUGGCACUCAGCUCCUUUACCAACUUGCCGUUCAGCAAUUGCGUAAACUGGAAACACAGCUGGUCUCCUCUCCUCAGAUCACCUUCUAGCUUCGUUCGAGGUUGUGCUAGUAGUUGUUGCUCGACUUCAGGGAGAAUAGAAAAGUCGUAUGCUCUUGCUUUUCCUAAACAGGGCAGGUCGGCAGACUCGGUCAGCAAGACUCUACCAUGUUGAAGAUUCAAGUCCACCGCUGAAUCGUAUCUAUUCAUCUUUGAUAAGAUGUCUGGAUGCAAAAACCCGCCGGAAAUGGUCUCGUCCUCGUCAUCCAGUGAGACACUGUCACCACUACCUUUUGCUGCACCCGAACUGGUAAAGCACGUUGCAGUAGCAAAAUUCCGAGCUCGCUUAGUUGAGAAUCGCAGCGAAUCAGAGUCAGAAGAAGUUGUCUGCUGCGAAGUUGUAGAUCGUGGUCGUUUCUUAACCCCAUCCACCACUGACAUUCGAUCCUGGAAGACAGAAGCACUCUCCGUAAGACGUUGUCUUAACGAUUCCAGACGCUUUUGCUCCGCCUCUGUGUACUGUUUGCUCGCAAUUUCCUGUUGUAGACUGUUGUAAACAGAGAGAUGCCGGUCUGGAUUUUCUUCUUGCUCUUCUUGCUUAGUUUCCUCAGAAAUCAUCUUGAAGUACGCCUUGUGCAGAAUCCACUUCCUGUUGCCCUGUAGGGUCUUUCCUUGUGGUGCCUUCCUCCAAUUAUCGAUGUACGCAUGCUCGAAACAAUGAGGAUCAUCGGCAAAGUGGUACAGAAGGUAGCGCAAGCUCUGCAGCUCGUUGGGAUUUGGUCCAUCAGGCCAACCAGUUGGAUGAGGAAGUACAGUCUGUGGCUGCGGUAAGACCAAGAUCCAACUCCUGUUUUCCUCAUCAUAAGUCCACCUCUUGGGAGUUGCUGGAGGUGGAGUCUUCGGCUCCUCAGACACAGCGUGACUUGAAGAACUCAGUGGCGGAAUUGCUGGAGGAGGUUGCGGGGUCGGCUUCUUGUAGAAGAUGGCCACUCCAGUCCACCUCCUAUCACCCUGCAAUCUAUUGUCUACUGGUAAUUCGUUUUGUGAGCCGUCGUCACUGCUAGACAGAAGAUUACGAGAUCGCUGUGUAGGGACUGUUUUCCACUCGUCUUCGAGUGUAAAGACGGAACCAUCGUCACUAAAAACGGCUUGCGUGAAUCGCUUGCUCGUCAACUGAGACAGAGUGGGCCCAUUCUGUGUUUCCACCGGUGAAUACUUCAACAGUCGAGGUUGUACGUGUACCCGCUUCCACGUGUAGUCGUCUUCAGCCCAAUGAUCAAGGAGUGUCGACUCCAUACUAGAUGAUGAGGAUGUAGACUCACCUAGACCGUUAAUUGACAUGUCUUGUGGCUCCUGAACUACCGAAGUAUCCCCGUCAUCGGUUUCCUGGCAGAACAAUUCAAGUUCAUUAUCGUCCUUACUCAAAUUGAUAUCUUCUCUUCGACCAAAACGCGCUGCUGGAGUCAGAGAACUUCCAGGAUGUUUUACAGACAUAUGCUGUAUUAGUCUGUUGCGGCUUGUGAACUUCUUCCCACAGAUGCCGCACUCUGGCGCAUGACUCCAUUCUCCUAAUCCUUGAUUCCGUCUUGUACUCACUCCACCUUGUACACUUUGAAGUGGUUCAGUUGUUAGUCGGGAUUUAAUGGAAGCCAUGAGCGCGUCAUCUGGAAACAUUUCUAAAACUGUACUCGUUGGCUCCUCAAUGGUGUUCAACGCAAGAUCAGUGACAGCAUAAUUUUGCGUGCUGCCUCCUACGUCCACAUCCACCGAGUCAGAAUGGAUAGCCACUACUUUGCCGUGCACGUACUGUUUGAGUGUCCCAUUGGGACGACGUACUAGAACUGACAUCUCCGGCGCGAGUUGAUCUAGAACCGUUGCUCUUUUAUAGGUACGGCUGACCUGCUCUCUCCGCUGAAGUAGUCCUUCUACAUCUUUCUCCCUAAUAGCUCUCAAUGCUUUCCGUUGUAUCGUAGCACGCUCGGCCAUCCACUUAGGAAUUUGUUGACCUAACUGUGCUUCACGAUAACGCUCAAAAAGAGACACAAAGUCGCGUCCUUGUCGGGUGAAGGAGAGAUUUGCCAGGUUUGCGGGAGUCAAAGAUGUGCCGAGAGCUGGUGUGUUGUUGAUCUGGAAAAAGUACUCCGCAAAGAGCAUUUUUUUAAAUUCAAAGACUUCUCUUUCCUCAUCACUAUCGCUGAUAGUCUCCUUCACGUCCUGCAUGAUGUCCUGUAGUCCGACUUGUUGAGAAAGCGACCACAAAAACACUGCAGCCCAGCGGUCAUAAGGAUAACAAGUGAUCUUGUUGAUUCCUCGUCUGGUGUCGCCGUUGGUGCGCUCAUUCUUAGAGAUGCGAUGAGCACUCUUGAAUGGAAUUGCGUGCGGCACUAUAUUAUUCUCUUGUGCCACCAAGUUGUAGUCAUGAUUAUUGAACUCGCUACCUUGGUCAAAAAGUAGUUUCUGCGGCACUCCCUGUGACAAAGUCUUCAUCCCAAGAAGGCACUUUAUUGCUGCUACUACUAUUCCUUGGCUGCUGUCGACGAGCUCACCAUGUCGUAGUCGGGUCACCGCGUCAAUGAUUGUCACGGCUCGCCCUAGCGGUGUCAUCAAAGAAUCGGUGAUCCAGAUCUGAUUUUUAUCGAUUCCGAACUGGAGAAGGGCUCCGCGCUCGCGGAUCUGUGCGACCUGAUCAUACAGCUUGCAUUUUCCACAGCGACUGCGCACCACUUCGAGAUACUUCUGCGCUGCAGGACGAAACAAGUACUUGAUGGCAGCCGAAUGCCCCAAUCUCCUGUGCUCAUUUUCAAUCCACUGUUUUUCCGCCUCACUCAAGCCAAACUGCUCUACUGCUUGGCUGCGUACACUUUCUUCACUGUCUCCACGAGGCACGCCUUCCCCUUGUGAUUCAAAAGCAACACCAAGACCGAAAUCAUUAUUGAUGCUGAAAAUAGGAGUAGUUGUUGCAGAAGUUAGAAGAUCUUUUCCGUAGACUCCCUCUGCUAUCUGCUCUUGAUUCUUUGCAAUCCGAUCGGCUUGCGCUAGAUAAGUACUUCCUACUGCAGUCGCCGCAUCAACGACGUCGUCCAGUGUUCUGCUCGGAUACUCAUGAAACGUUGUCUCACUCGUAGGAGCAAACCGCACUUGCGAGUGCAACCACUUCAGCUUGUGCAAAUAGGCACGCGUGGUUCCAUGAUCCAAACUAGGCUUCAUUCGUAAAUCGGUAUACCACGAAAGUUGUAGUCGUCCGGUUGUGCACCUAAGUGCACAAUGCGGCUCUCGUGGAUUGAAUCGUGUCCAAGACUCAAAAGUGUUAAUUGCCUUGCAAGGACGACUGAUACCCUUGUCAUCAGGCAUGUUAAUUGUGCUAGAAGGUUGUAGUCCCGAUACUAGAUGAGUUGUGCACCAAUCACCACCUCCUUCCAUUGUCGUUGCAUAAUCUCCAAUGCUCGUAGUCCAGGCAGAAGAUCCAGUGCGAUCAGAAGCAUAAACGGCAUUACUGUGAGGAUCUAUCUUGAUGAGACACCCAAGAUGUUGCUUCGCCUCUGUCGGCUUCAUCAGAGCUAACGCCUGGGCCAUUUUCGGGCAGUUCUUCAUCACCUCGGUAGCGCUGAUGCUUUGCUUCCCAACCUGUUCGCCAAGAGUUCGCCAUGGUGCAAAGAUGAAUGAGUUGUGGCCCUGUCUCUCCAGUUGUCGUUUUCCUAUUCUUGAAGCGCGCCAACCGUCGAUGUUAAGAUCCACAAAAUGUUUCACGGUAAGUGUGAACCGCUCCCACUGUUCUCUGGUCCAAUCACAUGCAUGAGCUCGUACUGCAAACACCCGCUUGACCUCCUUAAGAAGUUUGUUGUCUAUAUCAGCCAGGCUUGGAAACUUCGGCUCCUUCCCAGCGUCACUUAUUUUCUUAUCAGCAGAAGUUUUUGAAGCAGAAGUUGUAGGUGUACUAGCUAAAAGUGUUGGAGGUCCAGAUGUGAGAUAAGACCUACCGUAAUUUUCCACAAUCGUAGAAGUAAAAUUCGACUUCGUUCCUUUCUCGGAGAAGAAGAAUUCGCGUCGUGGUAAACGUGGCUGUCUGACUAGUUUGAUGUGGUCGGGAGGACGCACAAAACGAAUCGGCAGUAAAGAAAUAGCUCCAUCUGCUAAUUCGUAGUUCUUCCCCCAUACAGAAACGAACGGCGGCGAAAUACUAGUGAUGAGAUCCACCCUCCAUCGUUUAAAGAAAGGAAAUCCCAGUAGUGGUGGCACUUCGCCAACCGUCUGCUGCUCUACUAUUUCGAACGUCUCGUGGAAAAGACGAGGAUCAUCUCUAAUGUUGAAGAACAUCUUUGCGCGCCUUAGUGCCACUGGUGCUGCGCCAUCACUCGGACCUCCAGAAAGAGUACCAAAACGCGCCGGAUCAUCCACAAGAUAGGCUCCAGUGGUACUUAGUUCCUCCACUAGUGGUAAUAAUGAUCCAGGCAACACGCAGUGUGAUGAGCACGAAUCGAGUGCAGCUAGUCCUCCGCUUCUAGUGUUGUUUUCUUGCGAGUUCUUCACGUUCUUGGCUGCGUGGAGAACCCACUCAGAGAUGUUACCUUCUUGAAAGAGUGCAGCGCCUGUUUGUAGAAUGUCAGAUUCUCGCGCAAGUUUCUUGAGCCACGCUCUCCUCCGAUUCAUCGUCUUAAAUUUCUCCAGUUCUUUCAUCUUCCUUACUGGGGAUCUCUUCUUGUUAGUCCCUGCUACUUGGUCGUUAUUGAGAAUAGGAAGUUGUUGAGAUGAAUGUUUUUUCUCCGCUUCGACUGUGCCAGCGUUCUUCUCCAGUUCUAUGGUAGGAGACGACACCGUGUUAGGAAUAGUAGUUCUUGUAUCCCUUGUCAAAGGAGAAGAGGUGUUGUCAUCUUGGUUAUCCCAGUCCUCUUCAACGUCCAUAGGAUCAGAAAGAGCAUCAAAACUGUUUUUAUGCAGACCAGAGGUCAAACCUGGUCCCGUAAUACGACUGGUUUGUAGUUUUUCAUCCUGAUCACCACUAGAAGUAGAAGUAGAAAAAGUUGCUUGCUUCGCAUCAGGCGGAGAAGUUGCAAAUUUCUCCGACUGAUACUUUCUUUGCCGCCCACGAAUCUCUGUCCAUUCUUUCUGAAAAUCAAACUUAUGGGGCAGAGCGUUGCUUUUCUCUGAUUUUUCUGUAGAAGAAUUAUUCGGUCCACUGAUGACUGGUGGACAAACUGUACGGUCGACAUCCUGCACACUAGAACCCUUCUUACUACUGGAAGAAAAUGUAGUAGAGGAAGAUGUCACGUUGCUUUCGCAUUUCUCUUUAUUACACACAGCAGGACCCACUUCAGCUACAACUUUCACCUGUUGUGCCUGCGUACACAAAGAACUAGAAGUUGCGUCACCGCUCCCAAUUCUGGCACCACUAGAAGUAGCUGAAGAGGAAUCCUUCUUAGUUUUUCUAUUCUUUCUUCUCUUCUUCUCUACUCACUUUGGAGCAGUGGCGUUGUUCUUGUUAGUUGAAGUUCCAGUUGUACUGGCAUAUGUGCCAGCUUUCUGUGCUCCGAUACGCUUGGCUCGCUCUUCCUUGCGUUUCUUUGCUAGAUCUGGAUAAUCUUUUUCGAACGCUUGCAUACAGGUUGCAUAUUCUUUCUUCGUAUGCUUUUUGCUACACGUUCCUUUAGUGCGCAGAUUGGUACACUUUUCACCAAAGGGACACAUUGCUGGAUCUCUGUUAGGAGUAUCAUCAACUUUGUUGCCACCGCCAAACAGAACCGUGCCAGCAGCUGCGCUUGUAGUAGAUGAUGGCUCAACGCUGAAGAAGUCUCCUAAUUUACUAGAUCGGCCUUCCUGUCGUCGUUCUCCGACUAGGUCUAGUAGGUCUCGGAGGAUGUUUUGUUCUUUUCUAUCCGGACCCAUCACGCCACGAUAUGGAGUACCAUCACGAUUAUAUCGCUGAAGAUCUCUGAUGUGGCGUUCAUCAACUUCUCUGAUUAACUUAGAGAACUUGAAUUGGUUGCUCUUGUUGAGAGAAGCUCUAAUAUUCGACUCCUCUCCUGGUGCCAACAACAUGCCCUUCAACGCUGUCUCGACCUUGCUGAGUUCUCUGCGUGGCUCCUCCGCAAUAGUGUCUUCUCGUUCAUACACAAUGCGAAGAGUAGCUAGAAAAUCCUUGGCCGACUGGUUGGCCAGCCGCGCCACCUGUGGAAGAUCUUGUUCUAAUUUGCUGCAAAUGGUGCUAACAGUUGGAGCAUAUUCCUCUUGGAUGGCUUUCAUCAUGCCGGUCAGCCCCUUGUUGAUUUCUUUUUCUGCUAGUGCUGCUGCUCCUCUUUCAUGCUUAAAUGCAGUCCUGAGGAGACUGUUGCCCAGCUGACAGUUAGUUGCACCAAGUCGAAACAGCUCUGACGCCCAAGCCCAAACCAGCAAGCCCCAGCGGUGAAAAGGUGUGUCGUCCAUGAUCGGAGGAUGAUCCACUUUUCUGAGGAUCUGCUGGUCAAACGACGUCUCCACCAUCCUGGGUUCGAUCAACAACAACUGAUCCCAGUCCAACUGGUCGGCUCGUGCUAGAGGAUCACUACUGCGAGUUGUCACAGUCUUGUAUUCCUCGUUGCUGUGGUUGAUGAUUUUCAACUUCUUUGUACUAGCCUCCUUCUCCAGUUGUUCAAUCUUCUGAAGAAGUAGUCUAUUUUGAUCCUCCAAGCGACGCUCAUAGUCUCGUUUUUCCAACGCCUCCAAACGUGCAAUUUUUCCAUCGAUGCUCUCCGGGACGUCGUCCUUGUCUUCCUCUUCACCAUCGGAGUAGAUGCUGAAUAGCUCUACUGGCUUCUGCGCCUCUGGUUGAGGAACUGGCUGAACCAAUGGCUUUGGUUCUGGUGGUUGUGUAGACUGAGGAGCUGUUGGUUGUGGCUGCCUUGCAGGGGUAGCUGAUAAAAGAGAAGUACAAGAAGAAUGCGUGUCAUCUGCUUGUAGACCUAGAUCAGCAAGUUUCGCACGUUCAUGACCAACUAUCAGCUUUGCUAUGGUCUCCUCAUGUCGUCGGAGACGUGCUUCCAACAACGUCUUCUCCACCUCACUACUACCUCCACCGCCACACAAACGUCCCAGAAACUCGAAACAACACAUCGUCUCGUCUUUCCAAGAUAGUCGUUACUUGAAAACGCAGCUCCGUAAAACCCAAUCGGAAGAGGGACCUGUGCUGUUGGCUACAAUGGGUGGCACCCUUAGGGGUGAUGCAAAAACGAUAUAUAAGAAGCGCCUUGGGGUGGCCGUUUGGUCACGAGGUCCCCGCAGUGUUCGUGAUCGUUCUGCCUUUGAAUUCGUGUUAUUGUUGAAAUUCGCAAUCCGUGCUGAAUCGAAAAACCAAAAACACUUCGUACUCGCACACAGCUUCAAUGAUGUUGCGCUAACGCCGUAUGACCAAAGUUGUUACUGCAAGAAGAGGACGUCGUAUUUGAUUUUUAGAUUUUCCGUUCACUAGAAAGAUGCUUCACGGCUAACUGCUUAGUUCACCGCACUCUGUGGUAGCCCGCUGACGAAUUCCACGUGCUAAAUUCGUAAUCGUAGAUAUGCCGUGUACUCGUGCAGGGGCUCUGGCCUCACCAUAAGAAAAACGUUAGUGCGAACUCCGAUAGAAAACCACUGAAAUCGUCGCUCGACUACGCUCCCCGCUCAUUGAUUUGUUGAUUCUCGUUAGUAUUUUGUAUAGUAAAAAAUCAACUCUCAGUAUUUUGUGCAGUAGAAUCUCGACUCACAAUAAGAAAUGAUCACAGACAGAGAUACAGAAGCAAGGAAAACUCAAAUUGUUGUAUCAAAGGAUUACCACCCUGAAGACAAUAUUCCGCGCCAGGAACAAAUUAUUUAGGGGCAAAACUUGAAGCUUGAGCUUCUUAUGCAUAUGGGCCUCAGCUGCCUAUUGUGGGUAGAAUUCAAACUUGAGCCAAACCCGGAGGGGUUUGGCGUGAUGACAAAGGUCCAAGAGAAGAAUCGUUUCAUCAAGUCUCAAUGCUCAUCAAGUUAGUUUCCACUUAAAUAGCUGCUGUCUCUCGUUUCUCAAACAACAGACUCAAUUGUGCACACAAAUGAAAAUCAGGCACAACUAACACAUGCGUUACUCAGUUACCCAAACAUGCUUUUUCAAAUCCCAGUGGAGUGAUGCAAAAUUUUCACAAGAAUAAUUUUGGUCACAGAUAUGAAGAUAGACUUGAUGCUCAAGUUACAAAAAAAUAUUUUCACUCGUGUAAGCGAAAUUGUACAUACUGAUGCUUGAAAAAACUUACUUUCUCGCCACCCAAAACUGUGCAACUUACUCUGUGCAGAAAUACUCUUUUUCAAGGACAAGAAAAAAACAACUUCACUUUUUACCGACCAAGUUUUUGAUGCUCGAUAACAAAGAAUAUGCCUUGCUCUGUGUGUUCCCGUUUACAAAAAUAAUUGAUCAAUGCAAUGACGUUUCUGUACACUGCGCCUUAACUACUGAAAACUGUACAAGUAUUUAAAAGCUCUUUUGAAUGCCUUUUCACUUCUCCCUCUUUCACUCGUGCUGGCUUUUGCAGAAUCUGCUCCCUGUUCACACUGUCCAAACAAAAUUCCCUGCCGUUUUCUUCACUUCUUAGCAAACUUCACUGUACAAAAAUAGCAGUCGUUCCUCUUUACUAGAAACGAAGCUGCGCUUUCUGGGGGCCGAAAGAUUAGAAUUCUUGCUGUUCAAAACGUUGAUCACCGAAGAAGUGGCACCAAAGAAGAAGCUGCUCUUUUGUAAUUCACACCACUAGAAACCACCGAAAAUUGCGCUGUCCAGCUAGCUGUUUAACAAUUAUUCUUGCAGACCGCCGGGCAAAGUCGAUGGGAAGUUUUUAGGUCGUGCAAGCGGAAAAGUAGUGGAGACCAGACCGGAAGAUUUUGCUUUUGAUGCCAGAUCCUCUCAUCAGUUUCGCUUCGUCAUAUUCUUCCAAAAGACUGGCGACAAACAGGAGGCCCCGUCGGUCUCCACGUGGCGGCGUUUCGAUAAAACCGCGCGCGCGUCCAUCUGUUUCCACUUCUUUCAGUUUGCGAGAUACGCGGGAGAGGUCCUCGCCGUCUGGUUGUUUCACGCUGGUCGGCUUGUGGUCCCCUGGCCUGGCUCGUCUGUGUCCCAGUUUGGUCGGUCGGUGUUCUUCUGGUCUGGCUGCUCUUGUGUGCUGCGGCUUCUCAUGUGCUCCCCUCGCGUGCUCCUGUCGUCUGUCUAAUCUCUGCGCCGUGGCGCGUCGUCCCUCUGGCGGCCUAGGGUCGAGGGGGCAGAGGGUUGCCCUGCUGGGCUGUUCGCGCUGGAUUAUGCGGCGCACACCGCGCGCCCAUCAGCGCCCACCUGCGCAGCGAGGCGCGCCGUCCCUCUGGCGGCCGUAGGCCGCCAGGGACGAGGGGGCAGAGGGCUGCCUUGCUGGGCUGUUCGCGUUGGAUUAUGCGGCGCACACCACGCGCCCAUCAGCGCCCACCAGCGCAGCGUGGCGCGUCGUCCCUCAGGCGGCCGUAGGCCGCCAAGGACGAGGGGGCAACGCGUGACCAUCUCGCCCCCCGCCCCCCUUGUACAAGGUUAAAGGUUUGCGCGACGGUGCACCAAUAUAACGAGCCUGCGCCGAAGAGUGCGCCCCCGGACUGUGCCCAACCGUGUAACCGUGUACAAGGGGGGCGCGGGGUACAGGGGGGGCUGGGGGAUGCUCCAAACAGACGGCCGCGCAACUGAAGGACUAGCCCAUGCCCCAUCGUCCCUGGCGGCCUUCGGCCGCCAGCGGGACGAUGCGCCAGACGGGGCGCCCUCCCAGGCUCCGGCGGUCUUCCCGGGAGAUGUUCUCGGCUGAAGUUAUCUCCUUGGCCUUCUGCUAUGUGUGCUACCUAUACCGGGCGAACUUCUGAGAGCUACAGGCGCACAGGUUUAGCCUUUCCCGUUAAUGAUGUCCCAGACUCUUAAAAAGGAGGGCGGGCCCGUGUCUGAUGGUGUCGCCUGUCGUCUCAUUCGGUUUGUAUCGGUAGCCGGAGGGAUUGCAGAGGAGACGGGCACGCCGAGCGAGCGGCGAAACCGAUAAGGGAAUGGCGAAAGCACCGGAAAAGAGCCCGGAAAGACGGAGGCGAAACCGAUAAGGAAAUAUGAAAAGGAGGGAGGCGGACUGGCCUCGCGAUAGGCGGACUGGCGUCCCAGACUGACUGUGGAGAAAAGUGGCAAAAUAUCGAAAACGGCCGAGAAGUACCCCUGUCCCUAAACGGUUUCGCUUAAGAGUUUCGCGAGGA